GAAUGCAAUAGCCUUCUCUAAUCCUUGUAAUUUUCCAUAACCCAAAAAUUCUCUCCAUUAAACCCAACAAGAUUUUCAUAUCACAAAUUCCCUCUCUCUCUCUCUCACUCUCUCUCUAUCUCUCUCUCUCUCUCACACACACACACACAUAUAUAUAUAGAUAUAUAUGUAGGCAGGCACUAUAAGCUUACACAGAAUAGCUAGCUAGGUGAGAGUAUCAUCUACAGGGGAGGUGAGGGAGAAGAUUAUUACGAAAAAGAUUCUUCUUUUAUUCCAAGUUUUCCCCUGCAUUAGGAUAACAAAGACAGCCAUAACCAGAGAGAGACAGAAAAGAGAAUCUCAAUGGAGAUGGACAGUGAAGCCAAGCCAUCAAAGUUCAAGAGGAUUUGUGUCUUUUGUGGGAGUAGCCAAGGCAAGAAAACAAGCUACCAAGAUGCUGCUAUUGAGCUAGGUCAAGUCUUGGUUUCCAAAGACAUUGAUUUGGUCUAUGGAGGAGGCAGCAUAGGCCUGAUGGGCUUGGUUUCACAGGCUGUUCAUGAUGGGGGUAGGCAUGUCAUUGGGGUUAUUCCCAAGACGCUCAUGCCUCGAGAGUUAACUGGAGAAACAGUGGGAGAAGUGAAAGCAGUUGCAGAUAUGCACCAAAGGAAAGCAGAGAUGGCUAGACAUUCAGAUGCCUUCAUUGCCUUGCCAGGUGGCUAUGGGACUUUGGAGGAAUUACUUGAGGUGAUAACUUGGGCUCAGCUUGGCAUCCAUGAUAAGCCAGUUGGAUUGCUGAAUGUGGAUGGAUACUACAAUUCCUUGUUAUCUUUUAUUGACAAAGCCGUAGAGGAAGGAUUUAUCAGCACUAGUGCUCGACACAUAAUAGUAUCCGCGCCAACAGCAAGGGAGCUGGUCGAGAAAUUGGAGGAGUACGUACCUCGCCAUGAAAGGGUUGCUUCAAAGCUGAGCUGGGAGAUGGAACAAUUCGGAUACUCACAAAAAUAUGACAUGUCCAGGUGAGAAAAAAUGAGUUUGCAGCAGCACAGAAGUAUUCAUUAGAUCGUGGACGUUGCCGUUUGAAGAAGCUAACUUGAUUUUUACUUUUAUGAAGGAGAUCUUUUGUAUAUGUAUCUGAAAAUGAGCUCUAUAUGUUGAUACCUUCAUAUUUUGUCAACCGCACUGAAAUUUAGUUUGUUUUGCAAGGUGUAACUAUCAAAUGCACUAUGUAUUUUCUUAGCUUCUAAUGGAAUACCCACUAUUAUGCA